CUCUCACCUUUCCUCUCACACCAACCUCAAUUCACCUCACCUCUCCUCCUCCCUUUUGCGCCAACCCGCUCAACUCUCAAUCCGCUCUUCUGGCUCCUGUAGAGUCCUUGAUCGUAUCACCAUACGAUCAUUCCUCUACAGGCUGCUGUCCGCUCCUUCACCCACCCUCACAUCCCUUGGUUAAACCCUGCGUACACCACCCUCAACACGAUCUAACAUUCAGGCCUCGAACCCGCCCUCGACCAGAAUUUGACCUGACCACACCGACUGCGGCGUCAUCUGCUCCGCUCCCACUGCAAUCCAUGGUUGCAUAGAAUCGACCGUUCGUCCGUCUUUCAAGUCGCUCCUUCUCAACAACCACGCCCGUCGCUCCUUCCAAGGUGGUCAUGCUGGCUUAUGGCAACAACCACAGUCCUUCCUUUUCCUAAGCCUCGAGAUCCCUACAGACCACAACCCGCACACGGUCACGGCAGCAUCAUCGCACUGCCUUGAAUGUAUCUGCCUGCUGGUCAGCUUACGAAAAAUCUUGAACAUUAUUGCUCUUAGGUGGCUGCCUCAUUUCCACAAUGGCUUCGAUUUCAUUACCUACGCCCCCCUCACUUCUCUCGCCCUUGGACCCCGAUCUUCAAACUCCUCCUCGCUCGCCUCAACCCCAUCGCAGGCGCCCGUCGCGGAGCCCCAAUGUUCCUGCAACCCUCCCACCCUUCUUGUUUAACCCAGCGCUUGAAGGAGCCCCGAGUUUAGAGGCAGCCAACACCGACAAAGCAAGUCCUGAGGUUAGCCCUAUGGCUUUGGACUCGAGUCGUCGGUCUGCAAGGCCACUUCCUCUACCCGAAUUCAAGUUCAAUCCUGGCGCCGACCUUCCCCUUGAAAGAAGCCCAAGCCCCACACAUCCCAUUCUGCAGGAAAUGGCCCUCAAUCAGCAACGUGCAGUCAGGUCAGCAAGACCAGCCCCAUUGCCUGCAUUUACCUUCGCUCCCAGCCCAUCAAUCGCUCAAACUUCUCCAAGCCCAACCAAGACGGAUUUCUCAGAGUCCCAGCCUCCGCCACGUACACAUCGCCGCGGCAUCAGCGAGUUCGUCGGUGGUGGGGGUUUGGAAGGACCUCACAUGGUCAGUUCCAGCCCCGAAAAAUUAGAGCAUCGGCCACACGCACCUGUAACAGGAGGCAGAGGCCAUGCCCACCGACGCUCUCAGGCUGUUUCCAUCUCUGACAUUGACACGUCCGAGCUCAUCAAAGUCAACGCUUUGGCCAAGGCCCGGGCAGGGUCCACCCCAACCACCCCCUCGGACCCUAGCGCCUUUGCCUAUGGCCGCGGAAGCCCUCAGAUACGACAGUCAAUGUCCAACGUAGUCCGGACGCCUCCGUCGAGUCCUAGGAGAAGAGGCAGUGCCCCUGGUGUUCGACCACGGGUCGGAUUUUCCGAACAUGUCGAUGUCAUUCCCCGACCACUCUCAAUGAUCUCUUCGGAAACGGAGGGAAGCAGCUCAACCAUUCGGGGCGGCCACUCCCUCUCUGGAAGCAUCAACUCUAUCGCAAGCCCUGCUGCACGACCCACGUUCAUCGUCACAUCCUCGAACGACUCUACAUCUAGCUCGCCGGAACGCCCACACACAGCCGAUGCCCUCUCAACCCUAUCUCUUGGCUUGGCCGCUCGGAACAGCCCUGUGUCCAUGAUCAAUCUGCCAAAGCGGCCUCUCUCUGCAUCCGGCUCACCAAGCCAGCUCAGCUCUGGGAGUCCUCCCAGUAAAAAGAAGCACUUCUGGUCCAGUCAUUCCGAGAUGGACUCUCCUCUGAAUACGCCAAAGGUCGAACAAUCUGAUCCGAUGGAUGUUUUCAGUGCGAGCCCCACCCCGCAACCACCCAGACUGCACAUCUUUGGUGACAACGGAAGACCGAAAACAUCCUCCGGAGAAAUGUCUUCCUCGUCCAAAAGACGAAAAUACCAUACUUGGACAUCUGGCAUCUUCUCGAGGAAGGAUAAGAGAGCCAGCAAACCAAAACCUGAUGUACAGCAAAAGCGAGCAUCCUUAACUCGCAGACCAAGUGAUCGCCUCAAUGAAAUCUUCGAUGCGGACGACACAAUCGUCUUACGUGAGCCGUCCCCUGUUGCAAACAGAACUCGACCGUUUCCCCAGGACCUUGACACUUCCCAGGCCUGCAUCCCCGGCCCAGCAAGCGAUAUGAUCACUAGCCCGGUCCUGGACCUCGAUGCAGCACUCGGGCCUUUUGGGAGCGAAGAAAAGUUGGGAUAUGACGUUGGUGGCAAAGUUGUCCAUGUGAACCGGAUUUCAAAGCUUCACAGCAGUGAACGAAGGGCUAACGUGGACGCUUUUGGAACUGUCCAUCGACGAACCGAAUCCGCGCCAACAAUGCCAGCUUUGAAUAGGAGCAUCUUCGACCUUCAUAGAAUGGGUAGUAACUCAUCGCUAUCGGAAGACGUCUUUGAUGAAGAAGAGGAAGACAAGUUACUGGCUCAAGAGAACGCAAACUCAAAGCUUGAAAGGAUUCAGUCGCGUACGCGAAGAUCGAUCACACCGCAGACCUUCUCUGCCAGCCCCUUGGAGACAGCAGACCUCGACGCGACAGGAGGGCUAGGUCUGACGAUCAGCAACAAGUCACCCGUGGACGGCAUCACAAUUGCUGACACAGAUGACGAUGUCGCCAAGGUCGACAGGUCCUCCAACUCGACGAUUGCAGCUCCCAUUCUUUCCGAUGAUGUCAAACGACCCAUGUCCUCUCCAAUGCCUUUUCCUUACCCUGCACCACAAUCUCACUAUGCCUCUUCGACAGAAGGCCGGACAACUUCAGCUUCCAUGAUGUCGUCUCCAGAUGUCGACCAUACCUCAUUUGAGAACAGUUCUCGGCCUUCAAAAUCGCAGGGUGAAUUCAGUCCGGACUUUGUGCUUCGCGCAUCGAACGAUGAUCUACCUUCAUUGAGUGACAGCAUCUCAAGCGGGGCGCUACCGAGAGUCUCGAGCAGCGCUUGCACAAGAUCGUCGGUCGAACAACGAUCACAGUCAAUGAUUGUGCCUUCAACGUCGAGAUCUAAUAUCCAAGCGGAUUGGAAACGAUCAAGUCUGGCUAGUUUGAAUCGACUGAUACCUGGCUCCGCAAAUGGGAGCAAGCUCAAAUUCGAAACUGUUCCCGAUCCCGUGGAUCUCGAUGAAAAGGGCAAGAAGAAGCCAAACAGGAUCAGCCGGCUGAUGCAUUUCUGGAAAAGUAAAGACAGAGAUGCGAAGCAAUGCAACUCAACCAGUGGACUAUGAGACUCGUUUGACAGCUUGAUGGUAAGAGCUUAGCUGGCAGGCUGGAGCUCUGAUGAAUUAUGGAUUUGGCGACUUUGAUCACGGCUCUUUUGAUGUAUCAACUCGUUUCACGACGAUUUUUCGCAGCAGAGGGAGAUUGUAUAGUCCUACGACCUGCGAGCAAGAGGACAUUUUCCUCUUUCAUCCCACCACUUCGAUUUCACUUCAUUUGCUAUUGUUAUUCGAGCAGACUUCUUCUUGUUCGACUACUUUGGCGUAACGCCAUUCGACGACUACCCACAUAAACAUGCUGUCAAUCAGAGUUUGAGAUGCAACUCUUGAUAUCCCAACAUAUGAACCUGCAAUGGGCAACAUGCACAAAGCCAGACCUUGCAAUAAUGAACAAGGACCACUUUCAAUAUUUUCGACACUGAGCGAGCGAGCAUCGUUUGCGACACCCAGCUCCUUUUUUCAAAAAAUCCUUUUGGACUGUUUAAGAGGAAUGAACAUUAACUGAUACGUGGAGAAGGGGAUUGCGGGGAACAGAGGCGCGAGGAAUGGGUGGGCUUUUACUGGUUGAUGGUUACAGACCACAACCAUUGCUUGCACUGAGAGCCUUCGAGUGAUUCUAUCUUCGGUUGUCCAGUUGCUGAAACACUAGGUAACCAAGCUGAAGUAGCAUCAUGAUGAUAUGAGUUCCCACAUCUCUACUGCAUAUUCGAUGACAAAGAUUCCCUCGUUGUAAAGUGUGGAAUUGCAGCCCUAACUCUGAGGACCAGGAUAGUCAGAGCCGAAACGAGGACAUUGAAUUUGUUCGAGCUUAUGGUCAGGUCAGAGUCACCAAGUCAUUAAUCAAAUGUCAUGAGGGCACGGCGUGGCCAGAGAGACCCAAGCAGUCUGGAAUAAAGAUCAAUGUCCCUAUGUACCGAGAUCAAAGCGAGGUAUGUUCCAAAUGGCUGAUCACACCUGCAAGCAAUCAUGUACAGGAAAUACGCUCCGUUUUGCGCGUGUCGCGGUCACAGAUAAAACUUCAAACUCUUCCAAUUCGCAAUGACCCUGGCGCCGGCGCUGACUUACGUUGCUUCAUCUAGUUCAAUUUGUCUGUGUUCACGAACCAGGAACAUCCUUCUCAUGAUGUGUAUACUUCGCGGCGGACAACGGUCUUUCCACGUGUUCGUAUUAUAUCGUAGUGACUCCAGAUGCCGGAGACAAUCUCGACCAACAGAUAAGAGGUGAUGCUUUGUUAGCUAACAGGUAUAAAUUUCAUCGCAUCUCAAAAGC